UAAUCUUGAUAGUGUGAAAUGAAAACCCAAACAAUAGAAACUCGGACAGUUUAACAAUCAAAUAUUAUUGAAAAUAUAAAUGAAAAUUUGAAGCUUUUUUGAUGAUAGUCUUGUUUUAAUUUUGCAAUACAAAUCACUGUCUAAUCAGGCUACAUAAUGUGUAUCUACAAUUUGAAUGUAAGACUAUUUUUUGAAUGAAUUAAGCCAAAAACAUUCAUUUCAAGUAAUCACAUAAUAGCCAAAAACCGGUUUUCAUUUUCACAGUUGAUCAUCUGUUUCCUAUUUUGACUGUUUAUUUUCAGAAAAUUAAAUGUUAAUCUAUUGUAAACGUUUAUCUAAAAAGUUAUUAUUGCUUGUAUUUAGUGUUUUAAUUGUUUUCUUGAUUAUCUUGAAACUGAAAUCAAAUUAUUUUGAUCAUGUUUACCAUUUCUCUGACACAAGUUUAGAUGACAUUGAUUUUGACAGUUACUCUAGAAGUCACCCAUUUCUCAAUAUCACUGGAUUUAAUCAACUAAUUGUUCCAAAUAUUGUUCAUCUUGUGCAAUUAGAUACUCCUUACAUUUCAUUCAUUACUUAUUUGUGCAUCAAAGCAGCUAUUAAAAAUCAAAAGCCAGAUAUUUUAAUCAUCCACACCAAUCAAAACCAUUUGCUUGGUAAAUAUUGGAAUUACCUUAAAAAUGAAUCAAUCAAAGUGCGAAAGGUUGAUAAACCUUUAACAAUAUUUGGUAAAUCAGUUGCUCAUGUUUAUCAUUCAAGUGACAUUUUACGAUUAACUAUUCUCAUUGAAUAUGGUGGAAUAUACAUUGACAAUGAUUUAUUAAUUUUGAAAAAUUUGGAUCCAUUUCGUCGGUUUGAGUGUUCAAUUGGUUGGCCGGUCAAUGAAUACAUUGGCAAUCAGUUGAUUAUUGCUCAUAAAGAUUCUCGAUUCAUCAAGAAAUGGUUUGAUUCAUAUCGCAGUUACAAUGGAUCAAGUUGGUAUUUUAAUGGCGGUCAAUUACCUACCAAAUUGAUACUCUAUUCACAUCCAGAUUAUGUUCACCGAGAAACUGAAUCUUUUGGCGUUGCUGCUGAAGUAAACUAUUUGUAUAAAAGUUCAAAAACUGAUUGGAGCUCAAAAUUUAACACGAUUCACUUGCUUGAUCGACAUCGAUCUUAUUUGGUUCCAGAUGAAAGAAUCAAAUAUUUCAAUGAGAUUAACAUAAAAUCAUAUAAUAGAACAUUUGGAGCUAUGGCGAGACAAAUUUUAUUUGAUUCACCUGAUUUAGUAUUUUAAUCAAUAAAUAUUAUUGAAUGUUA